AUGGUGAAGUUUGGACAGAAGGUUUUUGAGAAAAAGUCGAAAACCGGAAACACCCGACAAGUUGAUGAUGAUGAAGAUGAUGAAGAUGAAGCACAAUUGAGUGAUGAUGGUGUAAUCGAUCAAGUCGCUGAAGGCGAUAUUCGAAAUUCCGCAAUGGGGCUAAACGAAUAUGAUCAAUCGACUAUAAGAAUUGUGGCUCAAUUCUUGAAUACCCUGGGUUUGAAAGAAAGUGUUGACAAGAUUGUUGAAGAAACUGGAUGUACUGUCGAAAACAGCAAUGCAGCUAAACUCCGCAGCUUCAUAAAUAACGGAAAAUACAAAAGUGCGAUUGCGACAAUUGAGAAAUGUUGUCCGAAAUAUAUACCUCGCGAAGACGCCGAUCAGGCAAUCUUCUACUUGCAAUGCUUCGAAUUAGGUUCAUUUUUGCGGAGAAAACAACUUGUGGAAGCAGUUCACUUUUUGCGAGAAAUGACUGGCGAGGAUGAGGACAAAGUGAGAAACAAUGUCUUGACGGCUUAUGUCAAGGAAUUAAUUUCUUCAAAAGGAAAGGAAUAUGAUUUCACAGAAGAAGAAUUACGAUCUGGACAACUUGAAGCUAUUCAAAGUUUGUUACCUACGAGUUUCAUGCUUCCAGCGAAUCGUCUCAAGUCUCUUCUUACUUCCGUUCAAGGCAAACCCGAUUUGAAUAAUCCGUUCGAAGUUCGCAAACUGGCACCAAAGCUUUUACGAGACGAAUGUCGCCAUUCUGAAGUAGGAAAAAAGAAGCCGAAAUGUGUGCAGGUUUGUACGGACCAUGACAGCGAUGUAUGGAUUGCAAAGUUCUCGGGAGACGGAAAAAUGUUGGCUAGUGGAUCGGCAGCAAAUAACAUUAUAUUAUGGAAUGUCGAAAAUGGAAAACUUGCCAAAUGCGCAAAACUCGACUCGUCCGGUGAUGGAUCGAUUGCUUUGAUUGAAUGGAGUGCCGAUAAUGAGUUCAUUGCCGUUUGCGGAAAUGCGCAACACAGUAAAUAUCAUCUCACAAUCUACAACGUAUACGCUCGAAGUGUCUACCGUAUUCUUCGCGUGAAUCCAGAAGACAUGUCACCAACAACUCAGAUAUUCUACACUUGCUGCGCAUUUUUUUCCGUACCGAACAAACGUCUUCUGAUCGCUGCCACUGAGCAUGGAACAAUGAAAGUUUAUAACCUCAAUCUUCCUGAAGAAACUAGCGUUGUAAAAUCGAUCACCGGAUUCCGUGUGCGAUGCGUUUAUGGAUUCAGCGAUGGGCGACGAAUCUUAGCUUCAGAUAGUCAUAAUCGACUCCGAGUGUAUUAUGUUGAUGAUAACACUGAGUUCACAUUAAUCACUGAAGAAGCUACUAUAAUCACAUUUACUGUGCACGAAUCUGAAAGACUCGUACUUACCACAACUAGCCUUAACCUUCGUCUUUGGGAUCUCAAGACGAGAACAUUAAUUCGAUAUUUCUCGGGUGCUUGUCAACAAAAUUCGGUUUGUCGAUUUGUGAUUCAUGCGACUUUUGGCGGUGUUCAUAAUGGUUUCAUUGCUACUGGAACAAUUGGAGAUGGGACUAUUGAAAACGAUGAUGCUAGCACGGAGGGUCACAUUUGCAUUUGGGACAUUGACGAUUGUCGUCCAAAACUCAGACUUCGUGGUCAUACAGCGCCAAUUAAUGCUGUCACAUGGAAUCCGAAAGACCCGACAAUGUUGGUCAGUUGUUCCGACGACAGCACUAUUCGAGUCUGGCGUAUUUCGCGUGAAUUCACUUCAAAAGAAUCGUCUGUGCUUCCGAGAAAAAUUCCGCGAUCAAUGGCCAAAGCUAAACAAAGAAGCAUUUCAAUUGAAAAGAAUGACGAUAUUCCGAUAAAUGGAAACGUAAAAGCGAUAAUUGAAGAGGAAAAAGAAGAGAAAAAGGACGACGCGUUCUUCCAUGAUUACGAUUUCGAGAGAAGAAUGAUUGAAGAAGCAUCUUGUACAUAA